GUGGGAAGAGGAUUCUCAAGUUCAAGUUAGUGACGCUGACACCACCCUCAACUGAUAAAGAAGAAAAUACAGCGCGUAACAUUCGAUUCUCCUCUAUUAUCACGAAUUGCGCCAAUCCGCCACCUUCACUUCUCCUCUAUAUUAUCCUCUCUUAACAAACAGUUUCACAUUACAAAUUGCUUGAGACUUUUUUGCUGUCUAUUUCUAGAACUAGAAUGGACUCUAUGAUCGAAUUAUGUGAUUUGAUUGCAGAAAACCCAGCUCAAUUGGGGGAUAAAUUAACUUGGAUAUGCAGCAGAUGUCCAUCAGCAGCAGAAAUCCUAGGAUCAUCAUCACUUAGGGUUAGGGUUUCAAGGUCUCAACUCAAUGCCAUACUCGCUGUUGCACGAUUCCUCUCAAAAUGCCCGAACUAUUCAGAUGAAACGCCUAAAGCACUCGUCCUCGAUUUUUAUCGUUCAAUUCCUUCGUAUUUCAACCGGUCCUUUUGGCCACAAUCUUUUACAAACGACUCAAUUGAUUCCUUUUUCGUUGAUUUCUUUGAAUAUAUUUGUACAGCAUGCAAAUUAUGUCCAGAAUUUUCUGUUGACGUGGCUAAAUUCACGGGGGAUAUUAUGAUCUCAGCUAUAGGCAAUGAGAAUGAGGAUUUGGGGAUUAAAAAGGCGAUUUUGAAAGCAUUUUGUUGUAACUGUCCACCUGUUGUUCCUUCCGAUGCCAACAAGUUAGUUUUGGGCAUGCUUGAGCAGUUUCCUAGCUCUCCGGGAUCAUCCUCUGUUUGUUCAUCUACGAGUCCGGGAUCAUCCUCUGAUAGUUCAUCUACGAGCGUAGGUGAUGGUAGAAGCAGUGGGGAUAGUGAUGAAGUUGUUGAGGAGGCUGUAGAUAGCAUUGAGAGACGAGAAAUGGCACUGAAGGUGAUAGGAAAUGUACUGGAUAAAUCCUCCAUCGGUAACAGUCUAUUGGAAAAUGUCAGAUUUAUUGUACAGCAACAGUUUCACUCAAUGGUAGCAUUCUUAAAGAAAAGUAAGCAUGACUGGUUGGAGCAAGGGCAGUUACUGAAAGUUAGGAUCAAUGCCAAGCUUUCUGCUUAUCAAGCGGCAGCGGGGUUGCAGAUUAAAAUUCUUGGAUCCUUUGAUUUGGGUGGAAAAUCAUCAAAAAGUUUGUUGCGUGGAACUCUUGAGUUGUUGAUAGGCGCUGCAGAAGCAUGUUUACGCUCUGCAUGGCGGAAGUUGAGGGCAUGUGAAGAGCUAUUCAGCUCCUUGCUUUCUGGAAUUUCCCGUGCUGCUGUUGCUCGUGAUGGUCAGAUGCUUGAAUUUCUGCUCGUUCGGUUUAAGCCUCUUGUGCUGGACACAUGUGCUCAGUCAGACACCUGGGACAGCAAAAGGGGGGCCAUGUUUGAAAGCGUGUUGAAGACAAGUUGUGAGAUAAUUCAGUUUGGAUUGUACAAGAAUCAAUUUUCUGUAUAUACUUUUAUUACAAGCAUUCUUGAAAGGAAUCGUUACAAGGAAGAGGUUAGUUUUAUCUUGCAUUUAACUAGCAUUUUGAAUAACUCAUAUGCGUUAAUAAUUUACUAGUGGAAGGAAAAUGGAUGUUUCUUGAUGAAUCAAGAGGUACUAAACACCGAUUAAAAAAAAUCAAGAGGUACUAAACCCUACCAGUUUUCUGGAGUUGCUAGAUAUUGCUUAGGAAUGGUAUACAGAGCUUUCUACCACAUUUUUAAUUUCUUCAAACAUUAUGUAUGUUUGAAGAUCAUUUAGACUGUUGAUUAUACCGCUCACCUUCUACAAA